AUGGAUCAAUCUGCUCAGCCAUCACUACCGACGCGAUCUUUCAAACUUCUUGCAUUGCAUGAGUAUCGCUUUGAACUCGACCCAGCAGAGUCAAUCUCUAUUCGACUGGUACAAGGAACCGCUGAACUAUUUGGAUUCGAACUCGCUGUCGGUCACGAUUAUCCAUUUGGUGAUGAAGCUCGUGCAGCAAUCUUCAGUUGGCAUGGGGCUGAUCUCGAGAUGAGCAAAGUUUCUACUGAAUACAUUGCAGAAGAGACCCCAGUACCAACUCAUCUAGCUCUCCACCUCGCGCUGGAGCGGAUGAGACUGGCGGCCGUUGCUCCUAAACAUUUCGUACCACGCGUUGAAUUGCCGCCAUCACUUCGAACACUUGAAGAAUUGAAUGAAGAUGGUGAUGAUGAGCGCCUUGGACCUCGUGUUAUGGUCGUUGGUGGACUUUCGAGCGGCAAGUCCACCCUUGUCAAGACCCUCGCCAACCUAGCCAUCCGUAGUGGUCGAACCAAAGUUGAAGGGCCAGGGCUUCUGCUUGGAGCCUUCACCCUUCCCGGGACAUUUUCGAUAGCUCCUCUUUACGCGUCCAUUCCUACCACCACCUCUGUACAUCCAUUCGGAUCCACACCGACAACUGGUCUACCUGUUCUCUUCACACCUGCAAAUCCUUUCGAUGCUCCUCUUCACCCGACUCCCAACCCAGCGCUCUUCGCACCUCCUCUCAAUGCAUUAUCAUUCUAUUACGGUCAUGCCGAUUUCGGAAGAAAUCUUGGCCUAGUAGACGCUUUGUUUAGAAGAAUGGGUUCUGCAUUGGAUGCUCGGAUCGAGAAGGGGGCUGAGACAGCGGCUUGGACUGGAGGAUUGAUUGUGGAUACACCUGGUGAAUUCUGUGAUAAGAAUCGAGGGGCGAUUGUGAAAGAGGCCGUACGCUCUUUUGGAAUCAACGUGAUUGUUGUGAUGGGCACUGAAAAACUGCAAUUAGAGAUGUCCAAACUGAUGUCCACAAACAAGACUGUCCGGGUUGUUAGAGUGCCAAAGAGUAGUGGGGCAUCAGAGUUUGAUCUCCUCUAUCAGCGUCGUCUUCAAUCUAGUCAAAUUCGAUCUUACUUCUACGGCGGUCCGGCUUUGUCUCAGGGCCAGCUGUCGCCAUUUACGAUUGUAGUAAAGUUUGAAGAUUUAAUGAUAUAUCGUGUAGGCGAAGACGCACUGGUUCCAUCUUCGGCGCUUCCGAUUGGAGCCAUUCGAACUUUGAAAUCAACUAGUCUCUUGAGGAUUGAUCCAGAUGAGCCACGUACAGGUUCAUUACUUCAUAUGGUCCUUGCUAUUCCACAAUCAGAAUGGGAUGGGAUUGAUCCUGAAACAGAUGAAGCUACAGAAGCAGCUACUGGUCCUGUACUUGGAUUUGUUCAUUUGGCAGGAAUGGAUUUGGUUAAAAGAAAGUAUACGAUCUUGUCACCUUUACCGGGUCGAUUACCACGGAAAGCUGCGAUUGCUGGAUCAUUGGAAUGGACUGAUAGUUGA